UUUGCAUUACACAUUAUCUUUUGGUCCACUUGCACUUGAAGGUAACUAACUGUGUUUGUUUUUUUGACUCUCAACUCUAGCCAUGACUCCCUUUCCCCUGUGACCUUCACGCCCCCUCUCUCAAGUCUGUCCAAGUGUAACAUCCACCCCUGCUCUACACACACCCAUUUUCUAAACUCGUAUUUUAAGUGUUGAAAUAUCACGUGACUUUCUCACUUUCGUGUACUACUGACCAAGACAGACACAUCGGCCAGGGAAACAAAAUUACACUUAUACACACGAACACACACACUCCAUUCUUAUCACACACAAAAAAUCUAACACACUUGCGCUUUGACAAAAACACACCGAUUUAAAUACAAACCGUAAGGCAUUUUUCACUUUUAAUACGUAACCGCGCGCGUCUUAGUCGGUAGUGAUAGUAAAUCUUGAACAUACAUUUUUUUCUGUGAUAAUUAUUUGAAUAAUAUGAACAAAUACUUUAUUUUAUAGAGCCUUUAUUUACAUUUAUUAUAGUAUUUUAAAAUAUCUUUCAACUAAAUAUUUCAACGUCAAGUGUGAAAACAGUUGUCAUUCUUGGUUUCGGAGGUCAUUCCGUGAUUUGAAUUGUUCACAAGUGGAUCAUGUUUCAACUUCCCUUGGCUCAAGACAUGAAGCAAGACUUCAAUGACAUUUCUUUGAGACAACAGAAAAAUAUAAAAAACUCAAACGAUCAGUUUCAAGCAGCGUGUAGCUCUUUCACGGCCCAAAAUGUAGCCAUUGAUCAACAUCACCACCAAGCUGCAAUCCAUGCGAGAAAUCUUUGGCCAGGACCAUUUGGUAUCUGUGACAGCACAAGCUCAAUGAUGGAGUCACGUGGGACACAAAGUUACGUGACAGUUGAAACGGAUAUGUCUAGCUCUCUUCGGGACAGGAUGUCUCACGAAAUCCGAUUGGGGAAUUCAAUCCAGUCCUUAAGUAAUGUUUCACUGCAAAUGUCAAGACCUUCUGUCCAGGCACACUUUCCGCAACAUUUGUCGCGACCUUGUUUGCAGGAAAACAUUGCUCAACAAAUUUCAUUGCCAUCUACACAAGCAAAGAUUUCACAGCAUAUGUCAAUGCCUCAUGAAAAAGGGCACAUUUUAAAACAGAUGCCAUGGGCUCAUUUACAUUCAAAAACUUCACAUCAAAUGUCACUACCUCCAGCAUCCUCAAACAUUUUACGACAGAUGUUAUUUCCAAAUGGACAAACCAGAGUUUCAGAGCAUGGGUCAGUGCCUCCUGUGCAGCCAAACUUUUCAGCACAUAUGUCAAUGCCUCCUAUUCAGUCAAACCUUUCAGCACAUAUGUCAAUGCCUCAAGUGCAGUCAAAAUUUUCAGCACAUAUGUCAAUGCCUCCUAUUCAGUCAAACCUUUCAGCACAUAUGUCAAUGCCUCCUAUUCAGUCAAACCUUUCAGCACAUAUGUCAAAGCCUCCUGUUCAGUCAAACCUUUCAGCACAUAUGUCAAUGCCUCCUGUUCAGUCAAACCUUUCAGCAAAUAUGUCAAUGUCUCCUGUUCAGUCCAACCUUUCACAACAGAGAUCAGUACUACCAGUACAAACAAACCUUUCACAGCAGAUGUCAGUGCCUCCUGUACAGGAAAACUUUUCACAGCAGAGCUCAGUGCCUUCUGUUCAAGCAAACAUUCCACAGAAAAGGUCAGUGCCUUCUGUUGAAGCAAACAUUCCACAGAAAAGGUCAGUGCUUCCUGUUCAAACAAACAUUCAGCAGAAAAGGUCAGUGCCUUCUGUUGAAGCAAACAUUCCACAGAAAAGGUCAGUGCCUCCUGUUCAAGGAAACAUUCCAAAGAAAAGGUCAGUGCCUCCUGUUCAAGCAAACAUUCCAAAGAAAAGGUCAGUGCCUUCUGUUCAAACAAACAUUCAACAGAAAAGGUCAGUGCCUCCUGUUCAAGCAAACAUUCCACAGAAAAGGUCAGUGCCUUCUGUUCAAACAAACAUUCCACAGAAAAGGUCAGUGCCUCCUGUUCAAGCAAACAUUCCACAAAAGAGGUCAGUGCCUUCUGUUCAAGCAAACAUUCCACAGAAAAGAUCAGUGCCUCAUGUUCAAGCAAACAUUCCACAGCAGAGGUCAGUGCCUUCUGUUCAAGCAAACAUUCCACAAAAGAGGUCAGUGCCUCCUGUACAGUCCCAGUCUUCACAAAAGGAGACUUUGCAAUCUAAAUUAACUUCUAAACUGACGGAGCCACCUGUAAAGAGAAAAAAACAUUCAAAACCGAAUACUCCAGUUACAUCUUUAACGUUUGAGUCUGUGCUUCCUCUCGUUUCACAACAGAAAAAAGUAAUUCAAUCAAAGAAAAAUUCUUACCUUGACAUGGUUUGGAAGACAAUGCUUAAAGAUUGGUUUGGCCACACUGACGACUCAAUAAAAGCUAACAAAAAGUUCUUGCUAGGUUUCAGCGAAUCAAGAAUGACAAAAAUGAUUCAUGAAAUACAGGUGUCAGCAUCCACAGGGGCGAAAGAAACUCAACUAAAAAUAACAGAGCCUACUUUUCAGAUGGCAGUGCCUCCUGCACAUGCAAACGUUUCACAACAGUUGAAAAUGCCUUCAAUACAGAAAAAUAAUUCUCAACAGAUAUCAGUGCCUCCUUCACAGCCAAAAAUGUCAAAUAAUGAAACUUCGUCUACAUCACAAGCGGUCAAAACUUCACAACAAGCGAGUGUCCAGGCCUUAUUACAACAUGUAACAAAGCCUGGACAAGCUAGUUUAAAUUUACACCAACAUUUAACUUUUCAGCAUUCUCCAGAAAAGGUAACAGGAAAGAUAAAUGCCAAACCCUCAAACUUUAUCAGUCAGUCUGCACAUAGUAACACUGUAUUGACACAUACUGGGCAAAGAUCCUCUUUAUAUCUCGCUCAUCAGAGAUCUGACAAUGAAGGGUUGACUUUAACCUAUACUUCUGACCUCAACAUGAUUUUGCAGAAUAAGUUUGAAGAAGUCUUGCUCUACGGUGAUAAAUGUUCAUUCCAUCACCCUAAUAGAUCUGAUCAAAUUAAAGACCCUUAUAGUAGCUCCAGCAUUCCACAGACUUCAGAGUGCCAGUUGGUUAGAGGUUCAAUGAAUGGAGGCCUCACAGUGUCUAACUCACAACAGACUAAGGUUCCACAGUUUGACCAAAUUUCUUCUACUUUUGACGCCAAAGUGAAGAGACCUAACUCAUGUACCGAUGACACUGAUAGCGCCUACUCUAGCACUUCUCCUUCGAUCAAUGAAGAAAUUGAUUGGCAGAAAAUAUUUGAUGGUCUUACUAGCCAUUCGUAUAACGUUGUAAACAAUUAUUUAGAUACAUCGAUUGACCUCAAAGUAUUUGAAACGUUUGACCAAUGAAUAUGUAUUUUGUUUUAACUCAUGCAAAUAUAUACUUAGAUAUUUAAUACUCAGGGAAAAAAAUUAAAUUAUCUAUUCUAUAAUGAUUUUUUUCAUUUUUAACACAGCAUUUUUUUUAGAAGGGAAUGAAAACGAUGCUUUUAAAACACUGUUUUUUAUCUGUUAAAAAAAGUUUUUUAUAAUUUUUUCAAGCUUUAAUUUGUAUAUAUAUUAUAUUUUUUUAUGAGACUGGAAUUUUAAAAACUACUCCAGUAUAUUAUAAAUAUGAUGCUUCCUUUAUGAAGAAUCAUUGGAGUCAAACGAGACAUAUAGGUACGUUAAAAUAUAUGCUUUCCAGUGAAACUACGAAUACUGGUUAACAAAGUGAUGAAACGCUCCGGAUGCAACAGUCACUAUUAAAAAUCAUUAUAGAACAUUAGUAGACCUUUGUAUACUGUCCCAUAGGAAAUCAGUGUUCUAGAAAUGUUUUUGACCUUAUAGGUACUGUAGAAUUCAGUGUAUGAGGUGUCUCCUAUUACUUUGGUUUUAUUAAUCUCAACAUGAGAUAAAGCCUCACAUCUCUUCUCGGUAGAUAAAAGUCUUUUUAAUGUACAUAAAAGUCGAAGUUAUAUAACUUACCACAUGUAACAGAAACCUUAUUACUACGGGAUUUGUUAAGAA